AUGCCAACCCUGCUGCCAGCCUGGCACAAGAGGACCAAACUCCUGCUCUCACUUGUCUUCAUCACCAUCAACCACCAGAAGGUGGCAGGCUCACUGCUGGAAAGUCUGAUAGCUAAACGGACUGAAUACUGGGAGACCUGCAACAGAUCUCUGACAACAGAUGCACUCUCAAAAACUGGAAACUACUGCAAAGGAACAUUCGACACGUUCCUCUGCUGGCCCUAUUCGUCUCCUGGGAACGUGUCCGUCCCCUGUCCUCCUUACUUACCUUGGAUCAGCGAGGACAACACCAGGAGGGCACACAGAGAAUGCUUGGAGAAUGGGAGAUGGCGACAGAUGGAGAACUCCUCGGAGCCCUGGAGGGAUGAUUCUGAAUGUCAGGAGGACCAUUACUUUAAGGAUAAGGAGGAAGAAAUGUUUCGCCAGACAGCCCUGAGGCUCAUCUCUGUCAUUGGCUACUCCUUGUCCCUGUUCUCCCUCACACUGGCCACUCUCCUGAUGGGCAUGCUGAGGAAGCUCCACUGUACCAGGAACUACAUCCACAUGAAUCUGUUUGUGUCGUUCAUCCUGAGAGCCGUGGCCGUCAUUUCUAAAGAAAUCAUUCUGUACGUCAUGUAUUCCAACUUACCCAAGGACGACCCUGGGUGGAACUCCUACUCAAGCUCUGCGAUAGCGCUGAUGUGCAAAUUCUCCAAAGUGUGCAUGGAGUACUUUGUGGCCUGCAACUACUUCUGGCUCUUGGUGGAGGCCAUCUUCCUUCACACGCUGCUCUUCACCGCUGUGCUGACCAAGAGGCGCCUGCUGAAGAAAUACAUGCUGCUAGGAUGGGGAACUCCCAUCUUGUUUGUGACGCCGUGGACAGUGGUCAAAAUUUUAUAUGAAAACACAGAAUGUUGGUCCAUUGUGAACAGAUGGUUCUGGUGGAUAAUAAGAGGCCCGAUUACUUUAUCGGUGCUGGUCAUUUUCUUCAUAUUCAUCAAGAUUCUGAUGCUGCUGCUGUCUAAGCUGAAAGCAGACCAAGUUAAAUUUACCGACUACAGAUACAGCUUGGCCAGAGCAACGCUGGUGCUGAUUCCUCUGCUGGGAAUCCAUGAAGUGGUCUUCACUGUGCUGAUAGAUGAAUGUGUGGAGGGCAGCAGUCGCUAUGCCAGAAACUUUAUCAACCUCACCCUCAGCUCUUUCCAGGGCUUCCUGGUUGCUGUGUUGUACUGUUUUGCGAAUGGAGAGGUCCAAGCUGAACUGAAAAAGCGCUGGCAGCUUUUCCUGUUCACCAACCACUUCAAGGUCCGGACCUGUAUUCGAGGAGCACCCCUCAAACACCUGUGGAAGUGCACCCGAGGGCACCGCCCGCAGGGCUCUCGCCAGAGUGACUCCUACGACGAGGGCGGCACCUCGACAACACACCCCCACCUGCUUCAGGUGGCUGUGCACGGAGGAGGUGGGGCUCUGGGACUAGGAGAGGUUAAAGGUCAGGGCCUGAAGCGCUGUGACACCACAGGGCUCGACUUUCUCACCAGGAAGAGCCUGUCUAGUAGUGAUGGUGAGAUGACACUUGGGGAGACCAUGGAGGAGAUCCUGGAGGAGAGCGAGUUCUGA